AUGAUGUACAAUAAGACGCACCAGAUGCUCAUGACUCCAUGGUCACAGUUGCAGUACAUCGCCCUGAUGCCCGGGGGCGCGCCAGCAAACCUCAACGUCGCGGCCAACGUCUACGCCUACAUCGGCUCUGCGCCCCCCUACCGCCGCCUCUCCAGGCUGGUGUGGCGGCAGGGCGUCUGCCACCUUCUGGAGGAGGUGCUCUCCCCCGCCGCCGUGGGGCUGCUCCACCAGCUCGGUCCCCACUACACGGGGAGCCUGCAAGCCCCCCAGCUGCCUGGGUGCGAGGCGGGGGCGGCGCUGGUGCUGGAGGAGAAGGUGGUGCUGGGGCUGAACGCCGCGGCGCUGUCGCACUUCACCCUCAGCAAGAUACGCAAGUUCUACUCCAAAGUGGACAGCAAGGCCAUCGCCAAGCAGCUGGGGAUGUCAUCACACGAGAACGCCACCCCCAUCAGGGUGGUGCACAACAGCGCCGGCCACCUCACCGGGCCCGCCCGCACCAUGG